AUGUCUGCCACCCACCUUUUUCUCUCCUUUUCUCCUUUUUUCUCUCCUUUUCUCCUUUUUUCUCUCCUUUUCUCCCUUUUUCUCUCCUUUUCUCCCUUUUUCUCUCCUUUUCUCCUCUCCUUUUCUCCUCUCCUUUUCUCCUCUCCUUUUCUCCUCUCCUUUUCUCCUCUCCUUUUCUCCUCUCCUUUUCCUCUCUCCUUUCUCCUCUCUUUUCUCCUCUCCUUUUCUCCUCCCUUUUCUCCUCUCCUUUUCUCCUCUCCUUUUCUCCUCUCCUUUUCUCCUCUCCUUUUCUCCUCUCCUUUUCUCCUCUCCUUUUCUCCUCUCCUUUUCUCCUCUCCUUUUCUCCUCUCCUUUUCUCCUCUCCUUUUCUCCUCUCCUUUUCUCCUCUCCUUUUCUCCUCUCCUUUUCUCCUCUCUUUUCUCCUUUUCUCCUUUUUCUCCUCUCCUUUUCUCCUCUCCUUUUCUCCUCUCCUUUUCUCCUCUCCUUUUCUCCUCUCCUUUUCUCCUCUCCUUUUCUCCUCUCCUUUUCUCCUCUCCUUUUCUCCUCUCCUUUUCUCCUCUCCUUUUCUCCUCUAAUGACAUGUCUCAUCAGGACAUUUUUCUCUCUCAACAUAUUUCUUUCUAUUAUCUGUGA